GAUGCCGUAAUCGAUAUCCUCUACGAAAACCAACGAGGAUGGUGGUUCUUUGGUGUCCCACACUUCUCGUCAAAGACACUGCUCAAUUUUGAUCCCAAGCCGUGGUUGAACGGCAAUAAGAAGCCGAGCCCGGUCAACAUUACAAACGCUCAGGUCCCGGAUCCUAGUUGGGAAUGGGCUUGGAAGUCUUGGUACGUCGACAUGUCUCGAGAUGUGGAUGAAGAGGGCUGGGAAUACUCGUUCUGGUUUAGCGACGGCACAGCAUGGCAUGGCACACAUCCUUGGGGCUACUCAUGGGUGAGGCGAAGGAGAUGGUUACGGAAGCGUGUGCGAAAACAACCCCAGAAACCUACUCAGCAAGGACACGCUUUCACCUCUGAGUACUUUACCAUACACCCUCUCAAGGCUUCAAGCAGAUCCAGCAGUUUUAUUGUCAGCGAAGCACGGCAAAAUUUGGCCAAGGCAGAGCAUUACCUGGAAGAUCCCGAAGAUGUGCGCGAUAUUGGCUCUUUACUCAACAGCCUGAAGAGAGCAGCCAUCGACCGCGAGAAAAUUGUAUUGGUCCGUCACUUUAUUGACAAUGGUGGCGAUGACCUUCAUUACCUAGGCGAGCAGAUGGAAACCAUAAUGGCUCUCUGCGUAUUCCAAAACUCUCGUCGCUAUAUUCUGACCAUGCUCUCCGAAAAACUUACGGCAGCCGAAAAGCUUCGCGAUGAACACACAGCUCACAACGAAGAGAUUUCAGCCCAAGAACAACAGAAGAUUACAAAUCUAGAGACUGCCAUUGCUGCUGCAGAUGAACAAGUCAAACGUUUGGAAUACUGGAGCGACGUCCGCGAUAUGGCUCGAGCAGGCACAACAUCCUUUGCUACAGACGCUGGUGUAUGGGGUUAUGCCAAGUGGAGAGGAUUAGACGCUUCAGGA